CUCAAAGUUCCUGAAUGUUGAUCUGUUCAAGCAGUUUGUUCCUGAAGUCGGCUCUUCAAGAUCUUGGUUCCUGGCUGAAAAUUUACAGCACAAUAACUUGCGGAGGGGGCUCAUGACAGUAACAUGGCAGCCGCAGCGGUUCUCCGUUCAUCUAGGACCGAAGAUGCUAACUACAAGCUGCACUUCCGAAAGAUAAAUGACCAACAAGUGGAUGAUAUCUGCCUGGACUUCUUCUACAAGCCACACACCAUCACCCUUCUGACAGUUGCUGUGCUCAGUCUGAUGUACUUCGCCUUCACCAGGGACGAUGAAAAGUCAGACAUCAACCUCCGUGUUGGUCUAUUAGUGGUUGUUUCCUUCUUCUUGGUCAUCAGCGUCCUGGCUUUUCCAAACGGACCCUUUACAAGGCCUCACCCUGCAAUAUGGAGAAUGGUGUUUGGUCUUAGUGUGCUCUAUUUCCUUUUUCUUGUCUUUCUCAUCUUCCUCAAUUGGGAACAAGUGAAGACUCUGAUGUACUGGCUUGAUCCGGAUCUGCGUUGUGCCAAACGGGAAGCUGACAUCAUGGAAUAUGCUAUAAAUUGUACUGUGAUAACAUGGGAGCGCAUCCUGAGCCACUUCGACAUCUUUGCAUUCGGCCACUUCGCAGGAUGGGCCAUGAAGGCUCUGCUGAUCCGCAGCUAUGGCCUGUGCUGGACGAUCAGCAUCACCUGGGAACUCACUGAGCUCUUCUUCAUGCACCUUCUGCCAAACUUCGCAGAGUGCUGGUGGGAUCAGGUGAUUCUGGACAUCCUCUUGUGUAACGGAGGAGGAAUCUGGCUGGGGAUGGCAGUCUGCCAUUUUCUGGAGAUGAGGACCUAUCGCUGGGCCAGCAUCAAAGAAAUCCACUCGACUACGGGGAAAAUAAAGCGAGCCGUGCUUCAGUUCACUCCAGCCAGCUGGACCUACGUGCGCUGGUUUGAUCCAAAGUCCUCCUUCCAGAGGCUGGCAGGAAUCUACAUCUUUAUGAUCUUAUGGCAGCUGACUGAGCUGAACACGUUUUUCCUGAAGCACAUCUUCGUCUUCCAGGCGUCUCACCCCCUCAGCUGGUGUCGUAUCCUGCUAGUUGGAUUCAUCACAGCACCCACAGUGCGGCAGUAUUACGCUUACCUGACCGACACUCAGUGUAAACGGGUCGGUACACAGUGUUGGGUGUUUGGAGCCAUUGCAUUCCUGGAAGCUCUCGCUUGUGUGAAAUUUGGUCUUGACUUGUUUUCCAAGACUCAGAUUUGGCAUGUGGUCCUCUGGUUGCUCUGCCUGGCACUCAUCACACUCCUGUGCCUGUAUGGCAUGGUUUGGUAUGAACAAAAUAAGCUAAAGAGCAUUGGUUUACAAAAUGAGGACCCAGACGACAGAGGUGUUUUUGACCCAUGUUGUUUGAGAUCUGAAGGCCAUACAGAUCCGACAGAUUUAAUGGAACAUUUAGAGCCAACAAAACGGAGGAAGGGCCCUGCUAGGAAAGGAGUUGUGAGCAGCCAAGAGAGAAAGAAACAAUGAACACCAAGCACAAAAAAUAUCCAUACACUUUUUUUUUGUGUGUGAAAAAGACUAAUGGAUGGUGUAUUUAAUACUUAAUUGAUAGUUACACAAUAUUAGUGGUUUUAUGAGUUUCUGAGAACCAAAAAGCUCUGAUAAAGGUGGCAUUAAGAUUAAGCUAAAACCUCAAAUAAGUAAAGUUUUAUUGACCUGCAUUAACAGGCUCAAGUGGACCGUUAAAUCUCCCAUCAGCACUCUUUUGAUGUUUUUUCACAGCAGCAUGAUUGUUAAAUAUGGACUCCGGUCCAAAUUGCACUGUUUAUACUUUUUGUAAAAUCUUUUGCAAUUUUUUUGUUUUUUGUUUUUUUUGGGCCAAAACUGAUUUUGCACUUGUAUCAGAGACUGUUAAGCAGGGUUUUAAGUGCUUCUCUUCAAUGAAAGCUGCACUUUUAAGGAUGUAGGAGGUUAUGUACUGACUGCUAAUCAGACCAAACUACUGUUACUGAAGCCUCUGAACUCAGUGCAUUUUAUUCUGGCUACUGUUGAACAACUAGUCAAAGUGUAUCUUUGACAGUUGAGAUGAGCAGCAGAUGUUAACUGUUUGAUUGGAAAUAUAUAUGUUUAAACACUGACAGUUUGUACUUGGUCAUUAUCCAGGGUUAUUAAGCUAUGUUUAUAAUUGAAGAUAAGACUUGAGUUGUUACAUUGUCAGUUCUUCACCUUCAGUUGUUUGCAUUUAUUGUAAUUAUUUUGAACAAACUUUACUUAACACUAACAUACUUGAGUAAUUUCAGUCCCUUGAAAUGUAAAGUUUUACAUUAAAAUAACACUUCAUGUAAUAAACAAUGUAUUAAUAGAUGUGUUGUUGGAAACUGCACAAUGAUGCUACGGGAUGUUUCUAGCUUGAUUUUUCUACUGUUUAAUGCUGAUAUGGAAGUAAAUUUCUGUUUUAUUCAAUCAUCUUGAAAAUGUUGUAUUGCUCUCGCCGUCCCAGACUUAUUUACAUUAAAAGAAGUUCAGAAAUCUUA